UCCCACCUCUGUCCUCUAUUUGUAGGGACAUAUUGCUUUCAACUUUGUUACUCCUUCUACCGACACCUUUCCUUGUCUUUCUCCAUUAUUUAUUCAUCUCUAUUCAUUCAUUCAAUACAAACAUUAUUUAAUGCACCUCCCCUUUAUCAUCAUCUUUCUUAUAUAAAACAACCCUUGCACUCUUGUAUUUGCAUCUCAUCUCACAUACAUCUUACUUUACUACAAGGCUUUCUUUGCAUAUUCUGAAAUAUUAAGAAGAUGGAAAACAGUGUUGCAUAUGUGAAUGAUCUUAACAUGAAGGAUACUGAGCUAAGACUAGGACUUCCAGGGACAGAAGAAAAUGAGAAUGAAAAAACACUUUCUGUUAAAGUUUCCAACAAAAGAUCAUUGGUUGAAACCUCCAAGGACAGUGCCAGUGGUUCAAAAACAUCUGAUGCAGCACCUCCUUCUAAGGCAAAAAUAGUGGGGUGGCCACCAAUAAGAUCUUACAGGAAGAACAGUUUGCAAGAGGCUGAUGCUUCUGCUAUUUACAUAAAAGUGAGUUUGGAUGGAGCACCUUAUCUUAGAAAGAUUGAUUUGAGAAUCUAUGGAGGCUAUGCACAGCUUCUCAAAGCUUUGGAAAACAUGUUCAAGUUAACUAUUGGUGAGUACUCAGAAAAAGAAGGUUAUAAGGGAUCUGAAUAUGAACCUACAUAUGAAGAUAAAGAUGGUGAUUGGAUGUUAGUUGGAGAUGUUCCAUGGGACAUGUUUGUGACAUCUUGUAAAAGACUAAGAAUCAUGAAAGGAACAGAAGCUAGAGGUGUUUGAGAAACAGAAAAAGUUGGUAUGAAAAGUGAAGUGUUUUGGUGUGAAGGGUAGAAAAAAACAAACACCUUUCAGCUUGUGUUUUCGGAAGAACUAUAAUGAGUUUUUGAAUCUCACUGUGGUGUAUGCUGUUAUCAUGAGCAUAUCUAUCUGAAGUUGUGCUCUAAGGAAGGGAAAUGGAAGAUACAGUGCAGUUUCUUAGUUUCCUCAAAGAUUAAUUUCUGGUUACUCUAGCAUCCAGGGAGGGAUGCUGUUUUUUUUUUGUUUCAUGUGAGAGAUCUCAGAGAGAUUUGCUUCAAAUGAAAAAGGAUAGAAAAGGGUGAUAUUUUAAUUUUUAGUAUAGUAUUGUUUAAUUAUCCGAGGUUUUUUUUUUUUCUUGUAUAUUGAUACAAGAAUACAAUGUAAUAUAUACCAAGUGUUGUACAAAUUUGUUUGUUAUGGAAUGGAGUAAAAGUUAAGCA